GAAGUUGCAUUGGUUAAUGUGUCACUACACAAAUACGGAGCCAGCAAGUUUUUAAAGAAAAAGUCACUUAAAAAAGAUAAAAAAAUGAAAAGGAGGACGGACAUUAUAAUGGAUAAUGCAUUAAAAAAUGUUAAAUAUUACAAAGCAAAUGAACGAAACGAGGAACAGGCAGACAACAAAUUGAAAGAGAAUUUGGCUCUGAAUUCCACAGAGAUUGACAAUUUACCAAAAGAAAUGCCUGACAUUAACAAUUUUCUUAUUAACAUCAAUCAGAUUGACUUGCCUAAAAAAGAUAGAUGUGAUCUGUGUUUGGAGUACGAAAUGGCAUCUGUAGAUCACAAAGCAAAGCUGAAGGAAAAAUUCGAUACCCAUUUAAAAGAGAAAGACCUUUGUCGCCUUGAAAAGAAGAACGACCGCAGAAACAUUGGUGAAGGAAAUAUAUGUACCGUAUAUGAUUUGCAAGCAGUCAUGCAAGGCCCUUUAGGAGACUCGAGUUCUUUUUAUUAUAUAUCAAAACUCAACUGCCUAAAUUUUACUAUGGCUGAGCUGGCUCAGAAAUCCGACAAGAAAACAAAUAAAGAACAGGAAAUUGAAGGGAAUCAGGGAAGAAGGGGAGAAGAUAGAAUUGAAGAAGAAACUGUAGGCUCAUAUGGGGAUGUUUAUAAUUACUUUUGGGAUGAAAAAUAA